AUGUGCCUCAGCAUUAUAGUAUCACACCUCAGAUUGCAUGGCAGCUUGGACAGGAGAUUGAUGAGGACAGAAGAGGCACUGUGGUUGUUGAGCUUCAGAAAAAAGAAGGUUGUGGGCUGGGAUUAACAGUGUCAGGAGGUGCAGAUAAAGGUCAGAGGCCACAUGUAUCGAAUCUGCGCCCAGGCAGCAUUGCUCACAGAUGUGAUGCGCUGCUUGUGGGAGAUUAUAUUGUGUCAGUAAAUGGGAUCCGAACAGCAACUCUACGCCAUGAGGAGAUUAUAAAUUUGUUGAAGAAUGCAGGAACUAAUGUCACAUUGGAAAUUGAAUAUGAAAUUCCUGAUUCAGGUUCCAGUGGAGGCAAUGUCCGCAGUCACAUCCAUGAUGUUACACUCACCAAGGAGGUGUCUGGCUUUGGUCUUACACUGAGGGGAGGCAUGGUGGUUGAUAAGAUGAGGGCUCACCCACUGACUGUUGUAGCAGUUAGGCAUGGAGGGCCAGCAGAUAGGGAGGGGUGCAUUAAGGUUGGGGAUCGAGUUGUUGCCAUCAAUGGAUACAAGGUGGCUCACCUGACUUUGACUGAGACCCUGUCGCUGUUCUCACAGUGUGAUACAUCUGCAGUGUUCACCAUGUCUUAUGAUGUGGCUGUCCAGG